UCGGGUAUGGACGGUGCGUCUGGCGAAGGCGACUGCCGCGCGAAUAGCACCCACUCGCGGGUGUCGCACAACCUCGCCGCGGGCGCAGAGCGGCGUGCUGGGCUUCCAGCGCGAUGGCGGCACGCGCAGACGGCCCUGCAUCACCCAGGCACUGCGGGUGUGCAGCGGACGGGAUAAGGAUUGUCUGAAGGCUGAUCUGCAUGCCGGAUGCGGAAGAGGGCGUUGUAUAUUCUAGGAAGGUCUGGGAUUGGCCUGUGCGGCCGUCGCCACUGGGACCGGGGCCGGUGUCUUCGGAGGCCCAUCAGAGGCCGCAGAAGGAAACGCCGAUCAUGAGGAUCCCGUCAGACGCCUUCCCAGUCGGUCCAGCGUUCCUCCCGCGAGCGCGACCACCCAUUCAUCCUCGCGACGCCCCAUCUCGGGUGGUUCGUCUGUCCGCGCACGGUCGGGUGCUCGCUGCUCGAGCGCAUCGCAGCCAUCAUGCAUCAGGCCAUUCUGGGCUUCUCGGGGACGGAGAUGUGUGGGUGGCCUUGUUCUUUUUGUGUGGCUAUGAUGGCGGUUCGUGCGGUCAUACCUCCCCACGCUGCAAAUCCGCGUCGAUACACGCAGACGGAGGGGCCUUCGUGAUCCCCCGCCCAGGACGUUCCCAUUACGCCAUGAUUCAGGAAAUUAAGCCCACGAAGCAUGAGCGCGGCGAAUCAUUCGACCUCGCGCGGCUGAUAACAGGCCCCGCCCCACGUUGUCUGGCUGGCUGCGUCCGAUUGGGAUGCUCUGCGGGCUGGUGGACUGCCGUUGGUGGAGCGUCCACUGUGGUCCUGGCCCACGGCGAGCUGCUUCCCUGUGCCCGUGGCCCGAUCCGGCAGGCGUGCAAAUCCCGCUCUAUUGUCGCCGGCCGCCCGUCCGGCGCGGCGGCGGCGAGCGACUGGAAGGAGAAGGAGCUUCGGCCGCUGGCGUUCCGGCACAGCACGGCCGGGCGCCUGGUGUCGAACUGUAUCCUCCGGAUUAACACAAUCUGGUAGAAGCCUCCCCAAUUGCAAAUCUCAGAUAUCGUCUUGAAAUGGCUUGUCGGCUGUGCGACCGGUCCACAUUGGCUAUAUAAGGCGCCCACCCUCGCGACCGCCCACUGCCCUUAUAACCUGCCCUUGUCCGUUCCACUCCCAUUUCCUCCCCACUCCGCCAUGUCGCCUCCCCAUUCGCCCAAGAACAUCUCCCUGCCCAGCAUCAACGAGCUCUUCCCAGGUGCGUCCGCGCGUGCUUCGAUCGUGCUACGUAGU